UCUGUAGACAUGGUUCUGGGAAAGCCAGACCAGAUCAGACAAGGAGAGGAGGAAGGUGGACUUUGAGCUCCAUGUGCCUUCAUGGCUGCCAAUGAUGCAGGGGCUCCUUGCUGCUCAGACCCAGAAGCAAAACAUAAAUAGGCAACAGAAUCCAUGUCCAAGCCGCAGUGGAAGCCAAAGCCGAAGCUGGAGCUGCAGUCACAGCGCCAGUCCCAGCCCUAGUCCACCCAGGACUGGUAACAGGACAGCACACUGCAGUAGCCAUCACUCCUCAUCCCAUGCCCAACCCCACACUCACUCCCACCAUUUGCAUAACACCAACCAUCAUCCCUCCAACACUUGUCCUACAAGAAGGAAGGCAACAGGGCUAGCAAAAAGAAAGGCCAAGAAAGGUCGGUCACCAUAUGGAAGGGAAAAACGAGCAGAUAGAAGAGCUCCAGUCCUGAAGAGAAAGUUCCCAGUCCUCUGGAGCAGGGGAAGCAGCCUCCACAGAGACAGAGACAGGCUCUGGAGCAGCCACACAGUCGUUAGCCUGGAGAGCAGCAGAGACAGCUCCAGGGAGACACCCAAGGAUGAGACACCUUACUGGGUAGGAGAACAGAGAUUCCUGAGAAGGAGAGAGGCAGUGACACCUGAUGAGCAGUGCAGACCAAUGGAGAGGCCCUCAAAAGCCUCACAGAGUAGGGGCAGCUCCUGGAAGGGGCUCCUGAUCAUCACAGCCACCAUCCUCAGCUGCUGGAUCCAGCCAACGUCUGCUCAAGAUAUCACAGUUGAAGUAGAGCCACCCCUUGGGACACAAGGCUUAAGCGUCACCUUUCGUAUCCUGGGGUACUCGGGGACUCCUGUUAUGUAUAAUUGGUACUAUAAGACAUCAGCUCAGCAACCCAGCAGGAAACAUAUCGUGACAUACAGUACUUAUAAUAGAAGACAGUUAGAGACCAACAUUCGGCAGAGGGUAUACCAUAAUGGCACCAUGUUUUUCCCCAACCUCCUCGUCAAUGACUCUGGUUACUAUGAAGUACAGAUCAUCAAAGAUAGGUGGACUCUGGACAGACCUGAAGCAGGAGCCCCACUGAAGGUGUAUGUGGGAUUAUCCAAACCUAACAUUGUCACCUCCAACAAUACUGCAGUGGAGAACAAUGACUUCACAUUGACCUGCAAUGCUACGGGUUACCUUCCCUCAACAACGUGGUACAUAAACCAACGUGUCCAACAUGGUACUGGUAGGAUACGGCUGAGCCCGGAUAACAAGACACUCACUCUCCCCAAAAUCACAAGAAGUGAAAACAAAGGACCCUAUAUGUGUGAAAUGGUGAACAUAGUUAGUCAUGUUUAUAGCGAUGGAUUCAUUCUGGAUGUUGCCUAUGGUCCAGAUAGCAUGACGAUUCUCCCUGCAGCCGAUCGUUACAAUGUAGGGGAGCAUAUUCAGUUGACCUGUUCUGCUCAAUCAUGUAACCCACCUGCCCAAUUGACUUGGUUACAAAAUGGACAACUGGUCAGCAACUCAGGCACAUUCUCUGCUACUGCGGCCCUAAAUCAUGCUGGAAACUAUACCUGUGUUGCAUACAACUCAUUGACUGGCAUAAGACACAGCCAAAGCAUGAAUAUUAUAAUCUAUGGGCCACUAUCCAAGCCUAUCAUUCUUACCUCCAACAAUACUGCAGUGGAGACCAAGGACUUCUCAAUGACAUGCCAGCCUUCAGGUGCAAUUGUCACAACCCGGUGGUUCAUAAAUGGACUUCCUGCAGGUGGUAACAGGAUACAGCUGUCCCCGGAUAAGAGUAUACUCACUAUCCGCAAUCUCAGAAGAACAGAAAACAAAGGACCCUAUGAGUGUGAAACUGAAAAUACAGUUAGUGUCAAUAAGAGUGAUCCAUUCACACUGGAUGUUACCUAUGGCCCAGAUAAUGCCACGAUUGCCCAUUUAAGCAAUGUGUACCCUACUGGGGCAAAUAUUAUCUUUAACUGUUCUGCUGAUUCUAACCCACCAGCCCAAUUAAUUUGGUUACGGAAUGGACAACAGAUCAGAAAUUCACCCAUAUUUUCUAUUAUUGCAUCUGUGGGUGAUGCUGGCACCUAUACCUGUACUGCAUCCAACUCAUUAACUGGCUUGACGCGCACCGCAAGCAAGACUCUUAGAAUCUAUGCUCCACUGUCCAAACCAACAAUUCUCAUCUCCAACAAUACUGCAGUGGAGACCAAGGACUUCUCAAUGACAUGCCAGGCUACGGGUCAAAUUGAAGCUUACCAGUGGUUCAUAAAUGGACUUGCUCCAGUUGGUAGCAGGAUACAGCUGUCCCGGGAUAAUAGGAUACUCACUCUCCCCAGGCUCACAAGAAGGGAUAACCAAGGGCCUUAUGUGUGUGGAAUUGAGAACGCAUUGUUUAGCAGUAUGAGUGAUCCAUUCAUACUGGAUGUUACCUAUGGCCCAGAUAAUGCCACAAUUGUCCGAACACCAGAAGUGUACCCUACUGGGGCAAAUAUUAUCUUUAACUGUUCUGCUGAUUCUAACCCACCAGCCCAAUUAAUUUGGUUACGGAAUGGACAACAGAUCAGAAAUUCAUCCAUAUUUUCUAUUAUUGCAUCCCUGAGUGAUGCUGGCACCUAUACCUGUAGUGCAUCCAACUCACUCACUGGCUUGACGCGCACUUCAAACAAGACUAUUAGAAUCUAUGCUCCACUGUCCAAACCAACAAUUCUCAUCUCCAACAAGACUGCAGUGGAGACCAAGGACUUCUCAAUGACAUGCCAGGCUACGGGUCAAAUUGAAGCUUACCAGUGGUUCAUAAAUGGACUUGCCCCAGUUGGUAGCAGGAUACAGCUGUCCCGGGAUAAUAGGAUACUCACUCUCCCCAGGCUCACAAGAAGGGAUAACCAAGGGCCUUAUGUGUGUGGAAUUGAGAACGCAUUGUUUAGCAGUAUGAGUGAUCCAUUCAUACUGGAUGUUACCUAUGGCCCAGAUAUUGCCACGAUUGUCCAUACACCGGAUGUGUACCCUACUGGGGCAAAUAUUAUCUUUAACUGUUCUGCUGAUUCUAACCCACCAGCCCAAUUCAUUUGGCUACAGAAUGGACAAAGGGUCAGCAACUCAGCCACAUUUUCUAUUAUUGCAUCCCUGAGUGAUGCUGGCACCUAUACCUGUACUGCAUCCAACUCAUUAACUGGUUUGACUCGUACUGCAACCAAGAAUAUUACAAUCUAUGCUCCACUGUCCAAACCUACCAUUGUCACCUCCAACAUUACUGCAGUGGAGACCAAGGACUUCUCAUUCACAUGCCAGGCUACAGGUCAAAUUCACACUUACCAGUGGUUCAUAAACGGACUUGUCGCAGCUGGUAGCAGGAUACAACUGUCCCCGGAUAAGAGGACACUCACUCUCCCCAGGCUCACAAGAAGGGAUAACAAAGGGCCAUAUGUGUGUGAAAUCGAGAACCCAUUGUUUCGGAAUAGGAGUGAUCCAUUCCCACUGAAUGUUACCUAUGGCCCAGAUAUCGCCACGAUUGUCCGUACACCGGAUGUGUACCCUACUGGGGCAAAUAUUACCUUUAGCUGUUUUGUUGAUUCUAACCCACCAGCACAAUUCACUUGGUUACAGAAUGGACAAAGGAUCAGCAACUCAGCCACAUUUUCUAUUAUUGCAUCCCUGAGUGAUGCUGGCACCUAUACCUGUACUGCAUCUAACUUAUUCACUGGUUUGACUCGUACUGCAACCAAGAAUAUUACAAUCUAUGCGCCACUGUCCAAACCUACCAUCAUCACCUCCAACAAUACUGCAGUGGAGACCAAGGACUUCUCAAUGACAUGCAAUGCUAUGGGUCAAAUUCAUGCUUACCGGUGGUUCAUAAAUGGACUUGCCCCAGUUGGUAGCAGGAUACAGCUGUCCCCGGAUAAGAGGAUACUCACUCUCCGCAGGCUCACAAGAAGGGAAAACAAAGGGCCCUAUGUGUGUGAAAUCGAGAACCCAUUGUUUCAGAAUAGGAGUGAUCCAUUCCCACUGAAUGUUACCUAUGGCCCAGAUAUCGCCACAAUUGUCCGUUCACCUGAUGUGUACCCUACUGGGGCAAAUAUUACCUUGAGCUGUGUAGCUGAUUCUAACCCACCAGCACAAUUCACUUGGUUACAGAAUGGACAAUCUGUCAGCAACUUAGCCACAUUUUCUGUUAUUGCAUCCCUGAAUCAUGCUGGAACCUAUACCUGUACUGCAUCUAACUCAUUCACUGGCAUGACGCGCACCGCAACCAAGAAUAUUAUAAUCUAUGCACCACUGUCCAAACCUACCAUCAUCACCUCCAACAAUACUGCAGUGGAGACCAAGAACUUCUCAAUGACAUGCAAUGCUACGGGUCAAAUUCACGCUUACCGGUGGUUCAUAAAUGGACUUGCCCCAGCUGGUAGCAGGAUACAGCUGUCGCCGGAUAAGAGGACACUCACUAUCCGCAGUCUCAGAAGAACGGAAAACAAAGGGCCCUAUGUGUGUGAAAUCGAGAACCCAUUGUUUCGGAAUAGGAGUAAUCCAUUCACACUGAAUGUUACCUGUGAGUAUAUUGCUUCUUCCUAUAUGGUGCCAUCUUAUAGCCUGCUGGUGUGUUCCCAGAGGCCCAGGCUAAUUCAGUCCCUUCUCUGAGAGCUAAAGAGGUAG